GUAUAGGAGUGUAUGAGUGGAAGCUAACCUAGGUUGUUGUGCCUUGAUCUUCGGAGUUAGGAUAUGCCAAUUAACGUUAUCGCCACAGGUACCCGUUGCUACUAGGUAUUCAUAAGUCGCAUAUUUAUUAACACAAUAAACCCGGUAGUCUCCUAUCGCUGGAUUACAAAUACUUUAAAUGAACUGAUUUAAUUGAGAUGUAUGAUGUAUAAGUCUUAGCAUCGUUUGAUACUAAGUUGUAGUAUGUAAGGAUAACAAAUUGAUAUACUCCCGAGUGGUAUUAAAUAAGAAAUACCAAUCAUAAAGCUGACGGGUUUAUGAUAUGAAGCAGUGUAAGAACUACUAUCGGAGCUUUGAUGUUGGAUUGACUCUGUAUUACGUAAUAGAAUGAAAAGGAAUGCAAGUAAAGACUGUGUUCUGAUUGGUUGUAUUAAGGUAAGAGAGGAGGGGUUCCCCCGAGUGGGGAAAGAUAUCUAUUGUACAAACGCGCGGGCUGUGCGCGGGCGGUGUGUGUGGGCAUAACUCUGGUCACGUGACGAGGUCACAUGACCGUUAUCCCAACAUUUGAAGAGCUUCGGGUAUAUAAUAAUACGCAUGCUACAGCCGAGGGGUUGCUUUCAAAUAUCAAUCCUAGUUUCGGGCCCAACGUGAGAAGAGCAUUCAAACUUUUUCAAGAACAAACCAAUUCUUUCUACUUAACUACAAAGAGCUUUGCAGCUACAGUAUCUGCACUAUGACUAUCUUCCAUGUUGUCUUGUUCAAAUUCAAGGACCUUGUGUCCCCGGAGGAAGCCAAGGCGGCUUGCGCCAGGAUGCUGGCUCUAGGACCGAAUUGCAUCCAUCCCACAACGCAGAAACCCUAUGUGAAAGUACAUGGUGGGGGGAAAGAUAAUAGCCUGGAAGGAAAGCAGCUUGGAAUGACGCACGUAUUCGUCUUCGAGUUCGAGUCGGACGAAGACAGGGCUUAUUAUCUUCAGAAAGACCCAGCUCACAUGGAAUUUGUUUCGAGUGUUAUAAACUUACUCGACAAACUUCAGGCUGUCGAUUUUACCCCGGGUGAGUUCUAAGCAUUGAGAUGGCAGGAUGGAAGCUUUGGGGUUUGUGAAAGUCGGGGGAAAGCGGGCGGGUGGAGUCAAUAAACGAAAUGACGUCGAUUUGAUUGGCGUCUAGCGAAAAGUGGAAAGGCGCGUACGCUAGAGCCAAUUAAGAUUAAUUAUAGCCCUACGUCAUCUCCCACUUUACUAGCUUAGCAAAGCUACCUACCUCUACAUAUGUAUGGAUUA